ACUGGAAAAGCUAACAAUGAAAACCCUUAUCGAUAGGUGAGUUUUGUUUUUGUCACCCUGUUUGUUGUCUUUUUAAAAAAGGUAAAAGGUGCAAUGCUUAUGCAUUUUUUUUUAGGGGGAGGUUGCGGUAAACAAGAUGUAUUGCUACGUAGCUGGAAAUUUUUUCAUAACAGUGCGCGCUGUGAUUGGUUUCUUCGAGGUCACAUGACAUCUAACAAUGAAACUGUUUCCCGCCAAAAUCUGUGAGCGGACAACAUGCAAAAUGUAUGACGUCAUAGGGGAACAGUGCAUUGUUACCCACGAAUGUUGACCGACGACUACUGUUACAGCGAGAUUUAAUGAAUUUCCAGCUAUAUAGCCUCGGGAAACAUUGAGAUUCUCAGAAAACAAAUUUAACUGUUUCCCUCGAGACCAGUCAUUAAGUGUUUAAGUGUUUAUUGCAAUGUAAACCGUUUAAUAAGUUCCGAGUUUCAGGUGAGAAUCAAAUUUACGACCUCCGAGUUCGAGAUCGGACGUUCUAUCCACUGAGCUGCUGGGGGCUCUAUAGUGUGCAGGGUUGAAAUUUUUAUUGAUUAUGCACCAGACCUGCUAUAGUACAUAGAACGAAAUACUACUUUUAAGAAAAAAAUAACACAAUGAAUAUGAUGUAUGUCCGAUAAUUUUUCUCGUUUGCCCGACUAAAAUGGUGACGUGGUUAGGCAUAAAUCAUUUCUAAAAUAUCAAAAUUAUUUGCAUUCCUACUAAAUAUAAAACAAGCUGAAGCAAAGUUGUUGUUUAUUUACUUGCCUACUUUCCGUGUCUAAACCGUGUUUACUAAAUUGAUUUUCCUGCCGUCAGAUCUGGAGCGGGAAUUCUUUGCCUUAAGUUCAUUUUACUACCGUUUAUUUUCUGCUCCUGUAGGCUUGUUUUGAGGCGUCACUCUGUCUGGCCAUAAGAAUCUGUGAUUACCUGAAGAUUCUUAAUGGGGAGGGUGCCAGUCGCAUCCUUGGACAUUGGGCUUGUUAUAAAGUGAGUAUGAUCAGCGGAUACCGGUUGGCUGUUACCUAUAUGUUAGCAGGGGUCUUCCUGGAAUCAGCUUAUGGCUGGUAAUUUGAUAAAAUUGGUAAUGGUAAAUUAUGGUUGUGGCAGUAGACACAACUGGAGUUGGGCGUCCGGUGGUUGUUUCAUGUGCUGAAUUUGGCACAUUGCUCUUCGCGUUUGUGUAUUUAUCAAAGAUCACAAAAUCAACCUAUGAAAAGAUCUAGAUCAAUUAGACUGGAUUGUACGCGGUGAAGACAGCGUGGCCAGGCGCCCAUCGCGUUGUUUUCGCAAUCCGCCGGUCCCGGAUUGGAGUCCCACUCUAGCCACUUGCUGAAUUUAUUCGCGGUAUUUCCAAGUUCAGAUACCCGGUCAUGCUAGUAAAUAGCCAACUGGUUGCCUCCUGCCAGUUGGGUUUUUCAAUCCUGUUGUGUUCUAUUUCCUCAAUAAAUAAACAGUUGGACUUUCACAUGGCUGGGAUGAUCACAUUGAAAUUAACUUCUCCGCCCUAGUAGAAUACAAUAGUGUCCGUAAAUAGUUUUUCUUGCGUUGAAUAUAUUGACAUCUCUUUCGAUCCUUUACCUCUUCAAAACUUGCUUUUCUUGUUUAAACAGGUUCAGCAAGCCAAUGUUGAUGACGAAGAGAUUGCUCUAACCUGAGAUCAGGUGUCUUUUUUUUUUUUUUUUUUUUUUUUUUUUUUUGCUUCUUUGGCUCGAGAGGGAAAAAAAAAUAACGCCUGAUACAUUUAUUUAACAAGCAGUCAACCGCCCCCUAAUUUACAUAAUCUAACGUUUGCUUGACCUGUCAUGUUUUUAGCCAAUAAGCGUUUACCAAACGGGAAUCAAAUUUUGGCGCGAAUAAUGUCUCUUUUGAAAUCAGUUUUAGGGAAAAAAAAUUUUUAAGUACGUCCGUGUUCAGAUGGCGCUUCGUAAAAAAAAAAAAAAAAAAAAAAUUAAUGUGUUGUUUUUGUGAUGAAAUAUACUGCUAGCUGGAGCUGUCGUACCUUUAUGAAUAGCUACAAAUAAUAAAGAAUUUACUGGUUAAAGCUCGUUGACUUCGUUCUGUACCGAAAGCAGUGGAAAAAAAAUUAGGCUGAAGCACCAUAUUUCACGAACUGAAAGGUGUUGUGAAAGCGAAGAUCGCUCAGAAUAAUUCGCAGCAUGAUUUCUGAAGGAGGAAAUACAGUCAAACCAGGUCAAGAUUCCAUUCAUGAAUUGAUUAUUUGAAAAGUGAACCCGUUUGUCGCUUCUGUAACUUGUAGCCGGUAUCAAAUUGCAUUCAAAUGAUCGGUGAAGUUUUGACUGCAACUGUUUUGGUAUACGAUGAGAUGGUAAAUAUUUCAAUGGAUGAAACUUCUAUUUAGGCAUUCUUCAAAUUCAAGAAAAGUGAGCGGGCAGAAAUUUCAUAACGAACUCGCGUGUGUAUUCACUGCUUAUUACGCAAGCAAAAAUGCAGACUGAAAUCAACAACAACUAACGGAUGGCGUCAUUUUGGCCAAUCGGAACAGCGCAAAUCAUCCGCAUUGUUUCCUAUCCAAUCAGAAAGAAGUCCAGAUUCUGGCAUUUUUACAUGUGAUCCGACAGAGAAAUGUAUCAUGCCCUCUUCCCGUGAGAGACAUAAAGGGAUAAUAGGGAGAGGGCAUGAUCUCAGGCUAAGAUUGCUCGUGCCAUCAACUCCAAGCUCGGAGAGACUCCUGGGAUAUCUUACUCAGAAAUAGCUUCAAAGGCAGUGGACUGUGGACGAACUCACCUGGCCAUCAAGGUUAGUUGAGAGCAUUCACAUGUGAACAGUUAUAUUAUAGAUUACGUUCCAAGCACAAUUUGAGGCAUAAAUGCACUGAGGCUUGAAAUAACGUGGGUUGGUAUAGAAUGGGAUUUUUUUACCUGCGAGAUUGCUUUUACUGUAGGUUUUUUCAGUAUCCGGAGUAUGAGGACCGCGCUUUGUAAUUAGUUCGGCGGUCGGCUUUAUUACCAGCAACACCACUAUGGUGAAAUAUUACUCAAUUGUUAAAGGAUUCAUGUCGAGAAACAAAACGUACGACUGCAAAGAAGACCAAUGGGGGAAUGGAAUAUGGAGAGAUUUAACAAAUGAGUUGAUAAAUUAAAUACAAACAAGUUUCAUGCUCUAGCCCUUCGGCAGAACGAAGAAGGGACCCUAAAGCCUCGGAAUCAUGUUAGAAGUUUAAUAUAUCGAACGUGGUCCAUUGGUCAAUAUAACUUCUUAACUUUCACCAUUGGUCUGUCCGGGGGUUACCAACAUGCUCGUCUCAUACGACGUCAACAAAACCUGGAACGGACCAGGUCAGAUCAACCCCUGUAACGCACUGAAUAACGAAAGGUAAGGGAUAGUGCCUCUGGGACUGAUCUGAUCCGGUUCUGCGGUCCAGGUUUUGCCUACGGCCUUUCUCAUGGCUUCGCCGCCUGUGCCUCCACGAGGAGACCCGCUUACAGCCUGGCUUAAAGCCAGCCUUGACCUCUAGCUGGAGCAAUCUCACCAUAGUAAGUUCGUCGUUUGACAAUCGGUAAACGAGCCUAUCAUAGCCAUGCCAUGAUAGCCUGUUCACAGACCCUCUAUUUUCUCUUCAAAGUCCGUCGAGGGCGGGUGAUAAAAUAUAAACCAAGGGGAUUAUAUUUGAAAAGAACGAAAAGAAAAAUAACACAACGUCUGUGUACAGGCUAUGCCAUGAUGCAUUAUGUAUCUUUUGAGAUACUCACAUCUUCGUGGUCUGAUUUUUUACCUGUAGCUGUUGGACUAUGAAGCAUAAGCCGCUGACCAAGUUCCAUUGCUCAUGCGCAUGAAUAAAGAUGACCUAGCGCUCGAAAAGGCUAUUAUGAGUGGAGACACGGAUCUGGGUGAGUUAUAAGUGGGUACCACUGCGGAGAACUACAGCUAACUUUAUAGUGGAUGGGAACAAUUUUUGAAGCCCGUUUUUGUUUCGUUGUAGUCGCAAGAGCCGACGCACAGAAAGAUCUAUCGUAAUGUUGAAAUUGUACCAAAGGUUUCAAAAAUUUAGAAUAAGCUUUCUCACCUUAAAAGUUGGCGUUACACCAGCGGCGUUACAAGCUGAGACAGAGGCUCAAACCUUAAAACAUUUUUGAGAUUGUUUUGUUGCUCAUUAUUUGGAUCUUCCCUCGCCGUUGACACAAUUUUAAGUAUAUUUCAACCAUCUUGAUCCUUACGUGCUGUCCUCCAAUGGUAACGGCUUUCUCUGGUCAGGUGAUCAAAAUUGAUGGAUCCAAACUGCCGUCAUCCAAAACCCGCCGAAUUGUUUUUCCCCUGUAUCUAGAUGACAUUUCAUUUGUGUUGUCUUUUUUUCUUUCUAGUGUAUAUGGUUGUUAUGCAUUGGAAGGAUAAUCUAACUCUUGGUGAGUUCUUGAUGGCCAUACGUUACCAUCCUGUGGCACUCAGCCUCUACAUCAAGGUGAGUCUAUAAAAAAAGUUGCGUAAAUGAGUGCGUGUUUGUUCAAGGCUUCAACCAAGAGAAAAUCCGCCAUUAUUUGCCAGGAGACAUUUUUUCCUUUAUCUGUUCAUUUUUUUAAGGUCAUAAAAAUGACGUUACAAUGUUUAAAACUUAAGUGGAGGAGUGAGAGGUUUUACGGUAAACUUUGGAGCAUUUUUAAUCCCAUUUCUUUGAAAUGUCGGAGUCGCGGCAGUGAAAAAUGGCUACGUAUCUAUUUGUUUUUUACAAUGUCCCGGAGAAUCGCACUCUAGAAACAGAGAAGAGAAGAACCUUCAGUUCUGUUUCUCUUCUCUGUACUGCCGUAAGCAAAAGUUCUCGACCAAUCGGAGCGCGUAAAUCACUCGGUUAUUGUAAAUCAUUAGACUGUGUGGCAGGCGUCUUAAGAGGUAUUGAAAAAAGUGAAAAAAGGAGGGGUAAAGGGAAGAGAAAAAAAGGAUACCUUUUUUCAUUUCUGCUUCCUUUCCCUUCACUCCCCUCCCCCUCGUCUCUCGUUUUUGCACCUGUUACGCAAACUGCCGCGCAGGUUAUUAUGAAACCUAUAUAUUCACUUUGGCAUGACUGUGAUUUGACUGCAGUACUGUAAGGAUCAGGAUCGCCGUACACUUGUGGACCUGUUCUACCAGGAUGACCAGUUUAUGAACAGUGGUAAUGCCUUUGUGCAGGACAGCUAUAGCGAGAAGGUAUCAUGUAAAGUAGCUUGAAUGCUAUCAUGCUUAGGAAGGGAUCUGGUCGAAUGUUGUUUGAUUAUUUUACGCUUCACUCCGUUUCUUCAUGGCGUCAUAGAUUAUUUUUGUUUCCGUGACUUUAGGUGACUACAAAGCUCCCCUCAACCUCAUUGCCGGGACGUUUUCCGGUUAGAAAAUGAGAUAAACCCCUGUGAACGAAUGGUCGGCAGCAAUCUUGUUUAUUUUUAGCGUCAAGAAGAGCCAAGAAUACGUGUAGCAACUCUUAUUUGUAAUUUAACUCGCACAUUUCUCGUGUUUAAACUCGAAACCUUUAGCAAAAUUCGUUCUAUUCAACCAGUGAUAUCUACUACACAUGCACUAAUUGUUGCCGUCCAUUUCUUCGUUGUAAAUAGUGGCCCUCAAUACAUGCAGCGACCACGUCACCUUAGCAGACAUAAGACUACAAGUUAUCUGUUAUUUUUCACAGGGAUCGUACAGCGAACAAAGCGCGCGCGCCUGAAAAUCGCAGCUCUGCAGGAAAGGCCGUCACGCGAAGGGUUUAAAUUGUUUAGUUGCGUUACGCCUUCCGGUCUCUCUCCCAAUCUGUUCCGCAGAGCUUUUACUAACCUUGUCUGGCGGAGCGGUUACUUUUAGUCCUAAACCAAAAGGAUCACAUCCUUGGAAAAGAGAUUGGCGCUCACCUUUUUAUUCCUUGAGAAAUAAAAGGUAAUUCGUUAUCUAUGAAAUGUUGCCGGCCAUAGAAUAGAAUCAUCGUUUUGAUAUCUCUUGUCAGUACACUUGAGAUAAAAUCUGAUUUUCUUCUAUUUUUAUUAUUUAGACAAUAGAAUCCAAGAUGAACACAUUGUCCAAAGCACAGAUGUCUUACCAGCAAGGAGGAUUUCAGUUCUACUCAAAGGUGUGUGCUCUUCACUUUGUUGCUUUUAUUUAAAAUACUUCAAACUCCUUCAACACUAGAGCCACUCAUUCCUUCAUGUGAAGAAACGGAAGACGGACGUUAUGUCUUGUCUAGUAAUCUAGAAUAUGGGAUAAACUUGCGAUAUUCGAAUCAAAAGUACCCACAUGACGUCAUGGCGGCCAUAUUGGUGUCCCAAACCAAUCCCUGGGAGUUGAACUCUUUUCUUUAUAUGCAAACGCUAUCUUUUGUUCCAACAAAUUUGCAUAGAUGCUGGCCACGUGAGUGAAAACACUCUAUACUGAUCUGAACUAUAUUAUAAAUAUUAUAACAAAACAUUUCUUGUCAGUUAUGCAUUGUAUGCAUGUGCGAUUCAAUUUUCCAGGCAACAGAAGAACAAAUGAAACUCAUGGAAUAUCAAGUCAAACUAGAAGAGAAGUACAAAAAGACAUUUAUGGAUCUGUCCUUGAGUGAUACUAUCUACCAGGUACGAUCAUUAACACACCCAGCUGUGUUAGCCUUUACUGUGGAUUGAGGCCAGUUAACUGACCACCUACCCCUCCCCUAAGUCAACAUUAACCCUUACUUCUAAUUUAGGGACAAAUUGUGACUUAAGGGAGGGGUAGGUAGUCAGUUACUCAAAAAUCUCAAUUGAUUGGUCUGAACCGUAGCUCUUGUUUGAAUGAUCAAAAUUAAGAUGUCAUCAAUAUGCUUAAUAAACAGUACCGCUGGAAAUCUCUGCCAAGUACAAGCUUUCAUUGGAAUGGCCAUACUAAAAGAUUGCAUCUACAGAAUCAAAUCUUAGAACUUGGAAUCAACAGUAUAUUCAGGAAAUCUCUGUUCAGUAGCUUACGUUCGAAUUGUUGUUCUUAAGGAUUUUAUCCAGACUUAAAGUAGUGAAAACCACCUUGUAAAAAGCACAGUAAACCGCUUCAAUGUUAAUUAAUUCCCAUACACUAUCAUACUUUCCUGGGGUUAGUUUCUAAGGAUUACUUUAUACUUUUCAGUGCAUACUUCAAGGAGACCUCAAAGUCUCUGAGCAACUGAAAAAGGAAUUCAAGGUUCCGGACAAAAGGUUUGUAACAUUUUUUUUUUUAAUCAGAGACCGCGUAAACAACGAGACCUUUGACAUCCAAGGACCCUUUUUUUUGAAACAGCCUCUAGGUGCACCACGUUAAGCUAAGGCUUGCUUCUUCACACCGCUGAUUUGUAGCCUGUGCGUUUGAAGGGAAGAGAAAUGUGGGAAUUAGGGCGCGUGAGGGAGGAGGAAAGAAAGGGUUUCCGUCCUUUCAUAUCCUCACGCGUCCAUCGCGUUCUUUUUUCGCGUUCUCAGCCCGUUAUUGAAACAGCCUUUAGUUGCACCGUGUAGUGUUAAGUUUUGUUUGUUUACCCCCCUGAUUUGUAGCCUGUGUCAAGCAUUUGAAAGGGAGUAAAGGGGGGGGGAAAGGGCGCGUCAGUAUGUUAAGGGAGCGCGAUUAGGAAGGGAACAAAGGGUUUUCGUCCUUUCUUGCUCACGCGUUCAUCGCGUUCUCUUUCUCACACGGCCCGUUUUCGAAAUAGCCUUUAGUUGCACCACGCGGAGCUAAAGUUUGCUGGUUGACACCACUGAAUUGUAGCCUGUAUAGCAGUCAUUUCAACGAGUAGUGAAAGGGGGGAGGGAAUAAGGACGCGCGAGGAAAAACGGCAGACAGGGAUUCCUUCCCUUCGUCCUCGCGCGGCCCUCACGUUGACGCGCACCUCAGUCAUUCAUUCUUUUCCUACCCCUUCAAACUCCUGCCUCAUAGUUCAGCUCAUUUGCUGCAAGUCAUGCAUUGUGUUGUCUUCAGGUUUUAUUGGCUGAAAGUAAGAUCCUUGGCUGAAAGUCACAACUGGCUGGAACUCGACAAGUUUUCCAAGGCUCGUAAAUCUCUGAUUGGAUACGAGGUAACUUCAUUGACAAGGUUUUCCGUAACCUGACAUCAGGCGUUACGUUCUUUUGGGAAGAAGGACCGCCGGAUCGCAAGUUAGGUUUUCCCGAAACAGGAAACGGCUUUGUACCAGUGUCAAACCUUUCUACAACGGCGCCCUUGAGAGCAAAGUGCCUUUUCUGGAGGAGUUGCCAUUGUGGGGAAUAAGAGGGCAUCUCGGAACACUCCGGAAUACCCCCCGGAACAUCCACCGGAACAUCCCCCGGAACCUGGCAGAAGGUAAAAUGAAAAACACAAAAAGAAACCCUAACCCCACCAUGUAAGAUAUUAAAUGUUCAAGAGUGAAUGUACGGACUGUCUGCCGGAAUAAGAAUGAUGGUCGUCUCGGAAAGAUGGCCGGUAUUUAUCAAAAAGCCGAUUUAUUUCUUUUUUUAUUAUUCAAGACUACGUUUUUGAGUUUCCAUAACUCAGUGAAACAUUGUGAAUAAACAUUCCAGUGUGAAGACGUGGCAAAUUUUAUAUACAUUGCUUUCUUACAGCCAUUUUUUGAAACAUGCCUGGAAUCCAACAACAUAAUAGAAGCGGAGAAAUAUGUCUCCAGAGUUCUUCCCGAAAAUAAAGUGACGUGUUAUGUGAAACUCGGGUGAGUUUAUCAGUUCAUUGAAGUUUUUACUUUGCUCAAAGUGCUGGCUAAACAAACUUUAACUUGAGCAGCGGUCACUUGUGUUGCGACUAUGCCGUUCAUCCUUUCACCCCAGAACAAAGAAGCGCGCACUGACCACAAAAUUCUAUUCAUAACCCUGGGUGAAUACAAAUUCGUAAGGAAUUGGGAACAACGACUCGAGUUCUGCACUGCUAAUUGAUGCCACCCUGAGAAAAUAGCUGGCAUUUUGUGACACCACCACUGGUUUCCUCGCGAACUGGUCUGAAGAAUGUUUGCAGAUAUUCCAUACUGAUGUGACGUGUAGCUUUCUAUCAGUAAAAACAAAAUUGACUAGUUUGUUGGCUAGGACUCGUGUUUUUAUUCCUUUGAUUUUGAUUUAAUUAUUUGAUUUCGGGCCCGAAAAGUUACCGGGACUUUCGAGAAACGAGCUAAUCAUAUUGCACCUAGUUAUAGACGACAUUUUAAUUUUUGUCCCAGGAACAGGAAAUACGAAGAUGCGGCGGAAACAGCUUUUGCUCAUAAAAGCGAGGAGGGCCUGGAUCUAGUCCUUGGAAAAUGUGCAACUUCAAAUCGUCCGUUGGUGAAUCGCAUUCAAGAAAUGAAGGCGCAACUGCGGCAAAGACGAUAAAAUUCACAGAUGGAUUGAAAUCUUAACUCCGAAAUAAAUGCUCAGUCGAAGUUCUCAGUAGAAAUGCCUUGCUAGAAUGUACUUUGAGCAAGUUUCGUCUCAUCAAGCGCACCUUGCGAGUUCAUGAAAACCGAGUUCGUGUUAAUUGGAUCUAGGUAGAGGCUAAGUACUGUAACAGUUUCCCCAGCACUUGCAAUUAAUGAUUUUCGAGUUACCCAAGUCGCUACUGCUAAAUCCACUUGGAGUCACCUUGGAUGAUAAUCUCGAAUGGCGUAGCCAUAUGGAGAAGAUAAUAAAGAAAGUAUCUUCUGGCAUCGGGGCCAUAAAGCGACUGAGUAAGGCACCUUGUCCCCCAAGCGACCUUGCAACUAAUUUACCAAGCUCUUAUUCACCCUCACUUCAAUUAUUGCAAUACUGUUUGGGCCGGAAACUGUGGGAUAACCUUAAGGAACAAACUUCAAAAACUACAAAAUAGAGCAGCCCGUUUUUUGACAUUUUCAGAGCACGGUGAAGACGCUGGUUACCUGUUUGAACUCCCAGGAUGGAAAAAUCUAGCGCGCCAGCAUGAAAUUGAAAAAGCCACGAUGGUUUCUAAGUCUUUACACGAGUUGGCUCCAGAAUAUUUAUGUUCUAGGUUUGCAAUACGAGAAACGGCAUAUAACCUUAGAGACUCUGAGAAUAAACUAAUUGCAUCCUUUACCACGGACAAAUUAUUACAACAAUAGCUUUAGCUAUAGUGGCGCCAUCCUAUGGAACAAACUCUAGUGUAAAGUGAGAUAAGCAGACUCCCUUACGAAAUUCAAAUGUCUUCUUAAACAAGUACUCAAGGGCACGGCAUUCAUGGAAAGCAGCUUUUUCUUUAAUAUUUUUAUUA